GUGUUGUGCAGAUUUUGGAACUGUGGCGGCGAGUCUCAUACAUUUUCCCAUCUUUCAAUCCUUUCUGCAAAAACAAUGCACCGUUUUGCCCUAAAUCUGGUCUAAACCCGCGCACUCAUGUCUUCUGCUCCCAGCUCCACCGCGGGUGGGAUACAGGGACUUCUCCUCAAACUUCAUGAGUCACUUUCAGAUGAAGAUAAACGGGGUGCAGCUCUCAGAUGCCACGAUAUUGUUGGAGACCUGGGACAAGAAUGCAUGCUCACCCCGUCCGACAAUGAGCUCGCUUUGCAGACCUCAUUGCUGUUCUCAAAAGAUUUUGGACUACUUUGCUUUCUCAAAAAAACCUUGGGAUCUGAUGAGCUUCGUGAUGCUCGGGUGGACAUUUUGGGUUUCUUGGACAAGUUUUUGGACAAACUUUCUCCAAGAGUGCGUGGCUGGGAGAAGACUUAUGCAACAGACAUCAGAGACACUUGCAUGGUGGUGUACACAAAAGAUAAAGUGGCCAAAUGCAGGGCUCCAGUGCUAGAGCUGCUUAUCAAGCUCCUUCAAAGCACAAAAGCUUCCACUGUUGCUGCUGACUUCAGAGUCCCCGAGAUUUUCAACAGAUUUUACAGCGAGUUAUGUCAGAAAAACAAACUCCCAGACUCCGUGCUUGGUAAAAUAUAUGAGUUACUGGGGGUUCUUGCGGAGGUCCACCCAAAUGAAAUGGUGAACAAUUCGGACAAGCUGUACAAGGCUUAUCUGGGAGAGCUCAAAGAACAGAUGACCUCCUCAACAAGAGAACCCAAACUUUUUGUUGUUGCUGGAUGUUUGAGAGGAUUAACUGCUUUAAUGGUCAAUUUUACCAAGACAAUGGAUGAAGACCCAGCAACAUCCAAAGAAAUCUUUCAGUAUGCCUUGAAAGCAAUCAGCCCCCAGAUGGAAAUGACCCGAUAUGCUGUCACAUUCGCUGGAUUGCGACUGUUUGGGAAACACGCACCUCAGUUCAGUACCUGUUUAAUGGACCAUUAUAAAACCAUAUUUGAGGUGAUGUCCAAACUCUGUGGUCACAUAAAUCCAGAGAUGAAGAAGACCAGCUACUACGCACUGGAAGCCUUUCUCAAACAGGUUGCCAUGUUGGUGGCUGAUAAUAUUGAGGAGCAUAAAGGCAAACUGAAGUUCUUCAUGCAGAGGUUUUGUGGCAUCAUUAAAACUAUGGACUCUACACAUAAAGAGUUGUCCAUCGCCAUUCGAGGAUAUGGAUUAUUUGCAGCUCCAUGUAAGAAGGUGUGCCCCCAGGACGUGGACCUCAUGUACACAGAGCUGAUCCAGCGCUGUAAACAGAUGUACCUCACAGAGUCCGACGGAGAAGACGACUCUUUCUACCAGCUGCCCAGCUUCCUCGACUCCAUCGCCAGUGUUAUCAUACAUCUGGACAAGAUCCCUGAGGUGUACACUCCUCUACUAGAGCGCCUCCUUGUGGUGCAAAUUGACAGCUUCCCUCAGUACAGUGAGCGGAUGCAGAUAACUUGUUGCCGGGCGAUUCUCAAAGUGCUGGUUGCCAUGGCUUCCAAAGGACCAGUGCUAUGGAGUUUCAUUAGCUCUGUGGUUCACCAGGGUUUGAUCCGAGUCUGUUCCAAGCCUCUUACGACUGAGGACAAAGAUGCAGACACUGGCCCAGAAGCUCAAAUGCGAACUGGAAAUUGGAAAGUUCCUUCAAGUCAGAAUUACCUCGCCCUGUACAAAAGUCUUUUGGACUGUGAUCAGUUAAAGGAUACUGGAUACUUGGAUGGUGCUUUCGAAAGCCAAAAUGCUGCUCUUAGAUCUUUAAGUCAUCUGAUUUAUGAUGAACUGGUGAAAUCCAUUCUUCGUAUUGUGGAGAAGCUGGACCUGUCUGUUCAAAAAGUCACUCCUGGAGAAGAGGGCUCUGAUGAUGUGUCCCAUGCUCUGCCCUCAUCUGAUCCAACUGCUCAUCUGUUACCGAAUAAAGUCAAAGAUUUCACUGCGUUUAUCAACCUGGUGGAUUUCUGCAGUGAGUUGUUGCUGAGUCAACACUUGGAGUAUUUUGAAUCUUGGAUGUAUCCUUUAAGCCAUGAACUCAUCCUUCACUCCAUAAGAAACCCUCUUGUCAGUGGCUUCUAUAAACUCCUGUCUGUCACAAUGAAAAUCGGAAAAAGAAUCAAAUAUUAUCAGGGAGUUGGACUAAAAAGCUCUGAUUCUACCAAAAUUGACACUGUUAAAAAUGCCUGUUUUGCCCUUUUUGCAAAGUUUGGGAAAGAGGUUUGUGUGAAAAUGAAGCAGUACAAAGAUGAACUCCUGGCUUCCUGUUUGACUUUUGUUCUGUCGCUGCAUCACAACAUUAUAGCUCUGGAUAUCAAGGCCUACACCCCUGCUCUAGAGGCAGCUCUGAAGCUUGGUCUAAGCCACGUUCCUUUGGCUAACACUGCCCUCGAUGCUCUUGAGGAUUGGUCCAGUUAUAUUCCACUGGAGACAAUGCAGCCGUGUUAUACAACUAUUCUCCCUCUUUUGGAUGGAUACCUCAAAACCACUUCCAAUGACAACAAAGAUGACAGCAGCUGGGAGGUGAUGUCUUCUGUAUCUACAAGAAAUGACAAAGGAUACAGCAGAGUUAUGACCAGACUGCUCAAACAAUCCAAGCAACUCACCGUGGAAGAAGCUCCCCUUGUCACCGUGAGGCUCAGAGUGGUGAAGCUGCUUGGUCACUUGGGAGGAAAACUGAACAGGAACCUUGUAACUGUUGUUUCUUCAGAGGAGAUGAUGAAGAAGUUUGUGGCCUGGGACUCAGAGAAGAGGCUGAACUUUGCUGUACCUUUUUCGGACAUGAAACCAGUGAUUUACCUGGACCCCUUUCUCCCUCGCAUCAGCGAACUGGCUCUGUCCACAAGCGACAGACAAACUAAGGUUGCUGCUUGUGAACUGCUCCACACUUUGGUGAUCUACAUGGUUGGUAAAAGUGCUCAAAUGGCUGAAGGGGAGAACAGUCUACCACCCAUGUACAAAUUGCACAAGAGACUGUUCCCUGUGCUACUGCGUCUGGCCUGUGACGUAGACCAGGUUACCAGACAACUUUUUGAACCUCUAGUGAUGCAGCUCAUUCACUGGUUUACGAACAACAAGAAAUUUGAGAGUCAAGACACAGUUGCUGUUCUGGAAGCCAUUUUGGAUGGUGUAGUGGACCCCAUGGACAGCACUCUGAGAGAUUUCUGUGGCCGUUGUAUUGAGGAGUUUGUGAAGUGGUCGAUUAAACAAACGACCCCCAAACAACAAGAGAAAAGUCCAACCAACAUGAAAUCCUUAUUCAAGAGGAUUUACAGUCUGGCUCUCCAUCCCAGUGGCUUUAAAAGACUUGGGGCAGCUCUGGCUUUUAACAGUAUCUACAGACUAUUCAGAGAGGAAAACUCAUUGGUGGAGCAGUUUAUUUUUGAAAUUCUUGUGGUUUUUAUAGAAAGUUUGGCUCUUGCACACUCAGAUGAACGCUCUCUGGGAACUAUACAACAAUGCUGCAGCGCCAUAGAGCAUUUGAAAAGAGUCAUUAUACAUAAGGCACCAAAUCUCAACCAGCACAAUACAAAGAGACGUAUCCCAAGGGGCUUCCCUCCUGAUGAGAAGUUGUGUUUGUCUCAUGUUAUUCUGUGGCUCCUUGAACAAUGUGGUCGACCUCAGACUGAAUGCAGACACAAAUGCAUGGAGCUCUUUUAUAAGUUUAUUCCUCUUCUUCCAGAGAAGAAGUCUGCUCCUCAGUGGUUGGACGGUAUGCUAAAGCAGCAUGGAGCAGAGUUUUUAGUUUCACAUUUUGAAGGUGGGGGCCUUCUGUCUCAGCCCACCCUCCGAGACCUGAGCGCCCCCUUCAGCGUGAGGGCGGCUCUGCAGUGGAGCGACCUCCUGUUGGCCGCUCUCGACUGUUACAACACCUUUAUUAACCUGCACAUCAUCAGGCCUCAUCAUAUGCUUGCUGCCAAAGACAAGUCAGUUUUCCUGAAGGCUGUUGGGUUUUUUCUGUCUGAACUGGCAACCCGAGAUCUGGCAGCCGCCGAGAGCUGUUUCCAAAUCAGUGAAAAGACAUCUCACUUCAGCCCCCGAGAGGUCGAUCAGUACAACUACAGCAAAUGCACCAUCAUCGUUCGACUGCUGGAGUUUUCCGCCAUGAUUCUGGUCGAAGGAGAUCAGGAGUUUUGGAAGGGUCUUGAACAGGAUUUUUUCAGCCCUGUUUUCUUUGAGCUGUUGGCGCUGGUCGUGUGUGAACCGUCUUCAGUUGGAUUCAACAUGGCCGAUGUGGAGGUGAUGAAUAACCUGCCUGAAGUGUGUGUGCCUCUGCUCAAAGCCCUUGUGGCCUCUCCGUACCAGAGCAGAGUGGAGAGCAGCUUACGGGCCAAAAUAUCACGGAAAAGUGUGGAAGAUCUGUGUGCUGUGGACUUCUAUGAUUCAGAGGCUCUGAAACACCAGGAUCAGAUGGAGACGCUUCUCUCCUCCUGCAAACAGAUCCACAAAGCAGGCUUCCUCAACUCCAUACUGCACAGCCAGGAUGCAGUUUAUGCAAAAUCAAUUGGGACCAAACUCCUCAUGACUGUGUAUAAAGGCAUCGCUCCAGGUAAAGACAGGAGCGCUCUUCCUUCUCUGGAUGUGAACACGAAGAGACUGGCAGAUGGGCUUCUUCAGCUGGGCUUUUCUCUCAGUCAACAGAGUGCACAGCUGGUGGACCUGCUGCUGAACACCAUCAUGCUUUCAGUGCCAAUAUCUGGAAGCCACAGCUACAACUUUUUAAACUUUUCUCAUGGAGAGUAUUUUUAUAGCCUUUUUCAAACCACCAUCAAUGCUGAGCUGCUCAAAAGUCUGACCACCACAGUCCCCCAACUCACUAAGGCUGCCUCCCAAAACCCCACUAUGGUGAGUUUGUUGCUGAAUGGGAUGCUGGACCACAGUUUUAGGGAGCGUUCAGUGAGGAAGACUCAGGGCAAACAGCUGGUGGAGGAGGUGCUUAAAAGAUGGGGUGAUCUGAGCUCCUGGUGGGACGGAGAUGCAGCCACUCCAGAGAGCAAAACUGCUAUUCUGGUCCUGCUGUCCAAGCUCCUACAGAUUGACUCCUCUGUCUGCUCCUCAAAUACCCACAAUGCCUUCAAACCUGUGUUCAGUACUUUUAAAACUCUGCUGGUGGACAUGAGCCUGCCUCUAAAUCUCAAGAGCCAGGCUUUGUUGGUGCUGCCCUUCUUCACGACUCUACCUGAGCAGCCGUUGGCGGAGUUACAGAAAGCGCUGGAUGCCCUGGUGGCCUCACAUUUCCCAAUGCAGUCCGAUGAAUUUGCCAAAGGAUCUCUCCAUCGCAACAACUACAUGGACUGUGUGCGCAAGUUGUUAGACGCAUUGGAGCUUUCCCAUAGUCCUUUGCUGCUGAAACUGAUGGCAGGUGUUUUGUGUCGGGACAAAAAGCACAUCAUGGAGGAACAAUUUCAGGCUUGUUUCCAAAGAAUAGCUAAAAGGGCUACCACAGAAAGGCAGUUGGAGCUCCUGUGUGUGAUAUACAGAGUAGUCCAGAGCGGAGAUGUGCCCACAAACUCAAUGCUCCAGGCUUUGACAGAGAGGGUCCUGCUGCCUCUGGCCUCUCACUGCGCCACCAAGGCCCUCAACGACUUCUUUGUGAAAAAUGUUUCAGAUAUAAUCACUUUCCUGCUCACUCGCUUCACCAAGUCCAGUGAAACAACAUUUGAACUCCAGUUGUUCAAGAAAAUCGGUUGCUACAAACUGAUGGAGCUGCUCUACUCUCGUCUCCCCAAAGAAGAUGUUUACUCCAAAGAAUCACGCAUCAACCAGGCUUACUGCCGCUUUGAAAAAACUGAAGGAAACGAAAUGUCUAAAGCUCUGAUCAAGUCUUGUUUCGAAUCCUUUACUGAGAACAUGGCUGGUGAGACUCAGUUGCUUGAACUUCGGAGACAUUUUCACUGCGCUGCUUAUAACUGCGCCAUCGCUGCCAUCAGCUGUAGUUUUAGUGAACCCAAAUUUUACCAGGGCUUUUUGUUCAUCGAGAAACCAGAAAAGAAUCAGUUUAUCCUGGAAAAUAUAAUUGAUGUUUCAAGGACCUACCACUUCCCUAUUGAAAUUGAGGUGCCCCUUGAGAGAAAAAAGAAAUACAUCAUGAUCCGAAAAGAGGCCAAUGAAGAAAAUGGAGAAGUACCAGUGUACCUGUCGUCUCAGUCGUACAUGGCGGAUAGCAGUCUGAGUGAAGAGAUGAGUCAGUUUGAUUUCUCAACUGGAGUGCAAAGCUUUUCCUACAGCUCCCAAAACCCAGAGGGGCGCAGGAGGGCCACUGUGAAGAAAGAGACAGAGGAGUCCACUUCCUCCCAGGAUGCGAUGGUCGACCUGGAAAUGGAUGAGCUAAACCAGCAUGAGUGUAUGGCAGCCAUGACAGCUCUGAUCGGGCACAUGCAAAGAAACAACAUCACCCCUAAUGUUCAACAGGGGAGUGCUCCUAGUGAUCUUCCACCAUGGAUGAAGUUUCUCCAUGGAAAACUGUCGAAUCCAGCCACACCUUUGAACAUCCGACUUUUCAUCGCAAAGCUGAUCAUCAACUCAGAGGAGGUGUUUCGUCCGUAUGCAAAGUCCUGGUUGGGGCCACUCCUUCAGCUCGUCGUCUCUGAAAAGAACGGAGGAGAGGGCAUUCACUUCAUGGUCGUGGAUAUUGUGGUCACUGUACUCUCGUGGACAACAAUAGCAAGCCCAAAGGGUAAUACGAGGGAUGAGGUGCUGGCAAACCGCUUGUUGGAGUUUUUGAUGAAAAACAGCUUUCAUUCAAAGAGGGCAGUUUUCCGUCACAACCUAGAGAUCAUUCGGACUUUGGUUGAAUGUUGGAAAGACUGUCUACACGUGCCCUACAGUUUGAUUUAUGACAGAUUUUGUGGUACGGACCCGAACAGUAAAGACAAUUCGAUCGGACUUCAGCUUCUGGGAAUCAUCUUGGCAAACAGCCUUCCUGCUUAUGAUGCUACAUGUGGCAUUGACUAUGACAAGUACAUUCUUUCUCUCACCAAUAAUGUGACUUACACACGGUAUAAGGAAGUCUACUCAGCAGCAGCUGAGAUAAUUGGCCUGAUCUUGAAGAAUAUGACUGAAAGAGACAAUCAACAUCAGCAGCUCUUCGAUCUUGCUGCAGCAAAAAUCGCAAGUUUGGGAAAAAAGGAAAUGAACGAUAAAUUUAUAAUCUGUUUGAAUAAAAUCUCCAAGCACUUUCCUCCUUUUAUGGAUAAGUUUGUGAAUUUGGCGUUCUACCUGCUGCCAAAGCUUCAUGGCAUCUUGAAAACGAACUGUUUGGAGUGUGUCCUGAGCCGAGCAGACGUCACUCCAGAGAUCUUUAUGCAGCUCAAAACUUCAGGCUUCAUUCAGAUGAUGGCGCACAGGGAUGAGGGCAGACAGAGGGUGUGUCUGGACAUCAUCCAUAAGAUCCUGUCUGUGCUGAGUCCAGUGGAGCUGCAGGAGCUUCUGGGGUCUGUGACUGCGUUUGUGUCCCACCCAUCACCUGUGUGUAGAGAGAGAAUGUACGAUAUCCUCAUGUGGAUUCAGGACAACUACAGUGAUUCAGAAAGUAUGGAGGACAGCACAUCAGUGGAGGUUUUGAAUUCAGCCAAAGAAACUUUACUUCAGGGGCUGGCCGAGGAAAACCAAGGUCUUCAGCUGUACGUCCGUAAUUUCUGGAGUCAGGAGAAGCGUCUUCCCACUGCGACCUUUGACCGGAUGACGAUGGUGCUGCGCUCGCUCUACACGACUCAGAUCGAGAGGUGCUUUUUGAGUUUGGCCACGAAUCUGCUGCUGGAAAUGACAAGCCAGAGUCCAGACUUCCAGAGAAACAUGUUUGAAUAUCCACUGUCUGAGUGCACUUUUCAGGAUUAUGUGAUAGACUCAAAUUGGCGCUUCAGGAGUACAGUGAUGACCCCUAUGUUUGUGGAGACUCAGAGCUCUCAGGGUUCGGAGAGCGUCAUGGCAUCUCAGUCGGCGUUGAUGAAGGGGAAACUCCGAGCUACACAGACCACCCUCGAGUUCAGCCAAACACAGGCACCAGGAGGUCGGAGGUCGGCGUAUAACUGGCUCACUGGGAGUAGUGUGGACACGUUGGCUGAGUACUCGCUGGGCUCGGAGUCGCUGUCGUCAUUGAUGGUUUUCGAUAAAAAAUCCGAAAGACAAACGUCCAGAAAACCGGUUGGAGAAGGUUUUGGGAUGAGGCGCCUCGCUGCACCCACCGACGAAGUGGACAGUCGCACUCAAGCACAAAAUGAACAACGCAGAAACAUCUUAAGACUUCGUCGCAGAUUCCUGAAAGAUCAGGAAAAAGUCAGUUUGAACUACGCCCAGAAAGAAAUCCAACAGCAAAGGCAGAAAAGGGAGGAGAAGGCAGAUCAGAGGCUACGAAGAGAGGCUCAGGUGACACUGUAUCGUAACUACAGAGUGGGAGACUUUCCAGAUAUUCAGAUCCCUCACAGCAGCCUCAUCGCUCCACUGCAGGCUCUGGCACAGAAAGAUCCUAUUUUGGCCAAACAGCUGUUCAGCUCUCUGUUUACUGGGAUCCUCCACGAAAUGCAGAAAAGUAAAUCAUCCACAGAGGGGCAGAGGAUUAAAGAUGAGUUAAGAUGUUACAUGGACACCUUUCUGAAGAAGAGUACCAUCUACUUCCCCCCGUUUGUGGCCUGUGUGCAGGACAUGUGUUACCAACAUAAAGAACUGCUUGAUAUUGAUCCAGCGAAUAUCAGCUCGUCUUGUCUGGUCAGUCUCCAACAACCAUCAGGCAUUUUGCUUUUGGAGGAGGCAUUGUUGCACACUUUAGUCCCAAUGGAGCCACCAUCCAAACGAUCGAGAGGGCCCAAAGAGCUCCCUCCUGACACCAAUAAGUGGAUUCACCUCGCAAGAUUGUACAGAUCUUUGGAGGACUUUGAUGUUGUGCGCGGGAUCUUUGGAAGUAAAGUGGGGACCAAGUCUAUCACUUGUUCUGCUCUUCAAGCUGAGGCUCACACAGACUACGCAGAAGCAGUCAAACUCUACAAUGAGGCGUUGAACACUGAUGAGUGGAGUGAUGGCCCACCCACAGACGCAGAGAAGGACUUCUGGGAGAUUGCAGCAAUGGAGGCGUAUAGUCACCUGACCGAGUGGGCAUCUCUGCAAUACUGCUCCACUGUUUACAUCGACGAAGGCUCUCCACCUGACCUGGAAAGGAUGUGGGCGGAGCCUUAUCACCGGGAAAUGUAUUUGCAGCACAUGAUUCGCAGCAUGUUGAAGCAGCUGCAGCUCGGGGGGGCAGACCAGACCCUCCUUAGCUUCAUCGACAAAGCGAUGAAGGUCGAGGAGCGAAAGAAACUACUGGAAAACCAUUACAGCCAAGAACUCAGCCUCCUCUACAUCCUGCAAGAAGACUAUGACCGGGCGAAAUACUACAUCAAAUACGCCAUGGAACUCUUUAUGCAGAAUUAUUCCAGUGUGGAUACGCUGCUUACCAAGAGUCGUCUAACCAUCCUGCAGUCAGUACAGGCCCUAACAGAAAUCCAAGACUUCCUGUUGUUUGUUAAAGGGGAUGUGUCCGUGUCCUCUCUGAAGCGGCUCACUCGACUCUGGACCGAGCGGUAUCCUGAUCCUAAAGUAGAUCCAGUGAAUGUCUGGGAUGAUAUCAUUACAUCAAGGUGUUUCUUUUUGGACAAAAUCCUUGAAAAGUUAAAAAGCCAGGGGUCCACUGAUGACAUGGAAGUGGAUGGGGAGCCUGACAUUAUCUCUUUGGUGAAUAACUGCAAGUUUAGCAUGAAGCUGCAGAUGGCGAACAGUGCGUGGAGUCAGAAUAACUUCCCGGUUGCGACUAAGCUGCUGAAAGAUCUUCACAGAGACGCCAAGUCGAACAGGAGCUGGUUACUGCGCUGGGUCCAUAGUUACAGCCGCUAUAGUCACAAACGCAGCCACACACUCAGCCCUGUGGAGCAGAUCAACACAAUGUUAAAGACUAUUCCACUGCUUGAGGACCUCCAGGCAGAAGUCAAAAGUGGAACAGCCAAAGUUUUCCGAUAUCAGAAAAUACUCCAAGGCACGUCAUUCCACGUUAUGGCCACAGCAAUGGGCACCAGUCCUUCUGUUUUGGGAACCAUUGACGCAGAUAAAGCCAAGAAGCUGGUGAGGCUGUCAGGACAAACAUGGCCAGCUGAAGAUCCAAAGAAAGUGGAAGUUGGUCUACAUCUGCAGGCCCUGAAGUUGUUUUGUGAAGGCACCAGGAAGGCCGAGGAGGAGGUGCAGUCGUAUAAACAGGACUGUGUGGAGUCUGGCAGCCUCAUAGAGACCUACAUGGCUCUGGCCAACUUCUGUGACAAACGACUACGAGAGGAGGAGCAGAGGGAGAAUGACAGUCAGUUCCCAGAUCUACUGGCCCUCCCUGCUCACAUAAUUGAAAGCAUGUUAAAAGCUCUCAAACUGAACUCUGAAGAAGCUCGUCUUAAAUUUCCACGACUGCUGCAGAUCAUUGAGUUGUACCCUUCAGAAACACUGGACAUCAUGACCAAAGAGAUGAUGUCAGUGCCUUGCUGGCUGCUAAUUGGCUGGAUCAGCCAGAUGGUGGCUCUUUUGGACAAACCAGAGGCAGUGGCGGUUCAGUAUUGCAUUGAGCAGAUAGCAAAGUCGUACCCCCAGGCCCUGGUCUAUGCCCUCAUGAUCAGUAGUGAGAGCUACCAGUUUGAAGACUCUGCUACAGGGCACCAACAGCGCCAGUUUGUUAACAGACUGAAGAGUGUACUGGACCAGGGUGGGGCUGUGAAACGUUUUGUGGAUGCAUUGCAGCAGCUGACCAAUCCAGACAUGAUUUUCAAGGACUGGUGGGACGGUGUGAAAAAUGAACUGGAGAAACCCAGUUUUGAUAAGAAGCAGAUGGAUGAACUGUACAAAGAAAUGUACUCCUCACUUGGAAAUCAAAACACUCAAGGACAUGGGGCCUUCAGACGGAAAUUUGUCCAGAAAUUUGCCAAGGAAGUGGAGAGUCUGCUGGGCGCUAAAGGCAGUAAACUGUUUGAGAAGAGAAAAGAUAAAAGUUUUGUGAAGAAAGUGGAUGAACUGGCCAUGUCCAUGAAAGGAUUUCAUAAGAAGGAACCUGGCAACCUAAAAGAAUACUCCCCCUGGCUGAGCAGCUUUAAACAAGGACCACUGAGCAACGAGUUGGAGAUACCAGGACAAUAUGAUGGCAGAUCUAAGCCUCUGCCGGAAUACCAUGCUAAAAUAACUGGUUUUGAUGAAAGGGUGAAAGUUAUGUCUUCUAUCCGUCGUCCCAAGCGCCUGAUCAUUCGUGGGGACGAUGAGAGGGACCACCCGUUUCUGGUGAAGGGGGGAGAGGAUCUGAGACAGGACCAGCGAAUAGAGCAGCUUUUCUCUGUCAUGAAUAUAAUACUCAGUCACGACACCGCAUGUACACACAGAGGCCUGCAACUGCGCACAUAUCAAGUCAUUCCCAUUAACACAAGAAUUGGACUCAUUGAAUGGAUGGAAAAUACCUGUACACUGAAGGACUUUUUGACCAACACAGCGACAGAAAAGGAGCAAAAAACAGCUACAAAACCCUUUGAAGUUUACAAUGAGUUUCUGUCCAGUGUAUCUCAGAAAUAUGACAAAAACGCAGGUAUCGUAGCACAAUACAACAUUGCAUACAGGAAAGCCAGUCGUGCUGAUGUGGUGAAGAACUUUCAAAACGUGUUGCAGUGGGUGCCCCGUGAUCUACUGAAGAGAGCGUUUCUGAAGAUGUGUAACAGCCCCGAGGCCUAUCUAUCCCUGAGGUCUCACUUCAUCAGCUCUCACGCGCUGCUCUGUGUCAGUCACUGGGUGCUGGGGAUUGGAGAUCGGCAUCUUUCAAACUUUAUGAUCAACACAGAGACAGGGGGCAUGAUCGGUAUAGACUUUGGACACGCCUUUGGGUCAGCUACGCAGUUUCUACCAGUGCCAGAGCUGAUGCCUUUCCGACUGACGCAGCAGUUUGUGAACCUGAUGAAGCCUUUGCAGGAGUCAGGCUUGAUCCAGAGCGUCAUGGUUCAUUCACUCAGAGCCUUCAGAGCAGAGCCAGACCUGCUGCUCAACACUAUGGACGUCUUUGUCAAGGAGCCUUCACUUGACUGGAAGAACUUUGAGCUGAAACAACUGAAGAAGGGAGGCACGUGGACCAAAGAGGUGGACACCAAAGAAAUCAACUGGUAUCCUCUUCAGAAAGUGAACUUUGCCAGGAGGAAGCUAGAGGGCGCUAACCCAGCUACUAUUACAAGUGAGGAGCUGAAGCUGGGAUUUGAGAAAGACCCAGCCUUCGCGGGCCUGCAGUCUGUGGCCUUGGGGACCAGAGGAGUGAAUGUGCGUGCAGAUUUGCCACCUGAGGGUCUGUUGGUGGAGAAACAGGUCGACUGCCUCUUGGACCAGGCCAUGGACCCUAAUAUACUGGGCAGAGUGUGGGCCGGCUGGGAACCCUGGGUCUAAAGCAUCACAUUUUAAAGUGCCUGUGACAUAUUAGACUACUCACCAAAAUACAGUUAAGAUAAUUAUAUUUACGAUUUAAAAUGAAAUUUCACUUUUUUUCCCCAAUUUCGCCAAUUUGUAGGUUUUAAAUUUUACUUCCUGGUUGGAAAUCAUGACAUUACCCUAAAGAAUUACAUUACUGUUACCUCGCAAGCAUUCAAAUAUACUUUAUUUAUAUUCCACAUUUUACAAACGAAGCAGUUUCCAAAGUGCUUCACAGAGAUCAUAAAAUGAAGACGACAAAAGGUAAAUUGCUAAAAAUUUUAUCAUACCAGUCCUAAAACAAUAAAACCAGUAAAAAUCUAAUAAAAGCCAUAAAAAACAUAAAAUUCUGAAAAUAUAAAUAAAUAAAUAAACCAUGAUGUACUCCUCUAAUGUACAGAGACAUUUCUCCCUAAUGUUAUGUCAUCAGUAUAUCAAAACUCUCUACUUCUUGUAAUUUCCAACAUAUUUUUCAACUUUUCUUCACAAAUUUGCUUCUUGACUGGUGUAAAAAACUGUAAUUUAUAUUUAGGUAUGCAGGUAUUAUCCCACCAAAUGAAGUCAAUUUUGGAGAAUCAUAAAAGUCUGUCACACGCACUUUAAAAUAUGCUAUUAGGUAUUAUUGAUGUUAAGAUCUCAUGCAGAGAAAAAUACUGAACUGCUGAUAGUUUAUGUAAUGUGUUUGUUAAUAAAUGUGAAAGAAUUGGA